AUGCAGGUUGGAUAUCGUUUUAACGGUAUGCACCGUUUACAUCUACAACAGUUCAAAAGCGUUCCAACGUUAGCAGAUCAACACUGCAUUGAUUUCCCGCAGUGCACGGACCUCAAACCUUUGCAUGAGCAAGCAUCCUUAUUCGCCUACGACAUCAAGCUUGCGGGCACAGAUUACGGCACUUGCACAAUGUCGCGCACAGUGAAAGUAGGUGUAGAUUAUGUCAAGGCUCUCAUCAACGUGGACAAGGCAAACGAGCUUGGCGUCAUUCCAAAUCAAGAGACAUUGGCCGCGUUGCCUGUCGUCCUGCCAAAAGCCUUCAACAUUCAUGCGGCGGAAUUAUGCAAGAGAUCGUUUGAAACUGAGAGGUGCAGACGUCCUAAGCUUAAGCCUAUCGACGUUGUUGUAUCCAACAUGAUCAAUAACACAUAUUAUUUGACCCGUCAUUAA